AAUCUUAUCCCACUAGUAUUUUCGCAUAAAUUCUCUUCUCAUCAAAACCUUAUUCUUCCCACAACACUUCAACCAUAGAAGAAAAAGGAAGAACACAUCACUCUUCCAUGGUUUCCGACCAAGUUUCACCAUUCGAGACGAGCGAGAUGGUGGCAGCGUUCGUGGCGUCGACGCCGCUGUUGUCGGAGUCGUGGAGGCUGUGCACCUCGGCGGCGGCCACCGCGCCACGGAAUUUCGUGACGGAGGGUGGCGGCGGCGUGGUGUACGUGGCGUUCCCCGGCGUGGAAAUGGUGGCGGCGUCGACGGAGUCGAACUGGAGGAAGUUGGUGGCGUUCGAUAGUAUCGGUGACGUGGCAGUGUUCUCGGCGCGUCGCAACAAGGAAGGCCAUGAGCCUGUGAUGGUGCACGCUGGGAUGCUCAAUCUCUUCUCCACCGUUUUCGACCCAUUCCGAAAUCAGAUGUUGACAAUGCUUGGAAACACCAACACCAAAUCAAUUGUUAUAACCGGUCACUCCAUUGGAGGAGCCACAGCCUCUCUAUGUGCCCUUUGGCUAUUGUCCUACCUCCACCACAUAUCUUCCUCUGUGUCAGUCUUAUGCAUCACUUUUGGUUCACCAUUGCUAGGGAAUGGCUCUUUCUCACGUGCCAUUCUCAGAGAAAGAUGGGCUGGUAACUUCUGCCAUGUAGUCUCAAAGCAUGACAUAAUGCCAAGGCUACUCUUUGCUCCCAUAACCCCUUACACUGCUCAGCUAAACUUCCUUCUUCAGUUUUGGCAACUGUCCAUGACUGUUCCAGGCUUUCGAAAUCUUGCAGUUCCAAUUUCUGACCAACUGAAAGAGUUGUUCAACUUUGUGAACCGUUGCUUGGAUGCAGCCACACAAGAGGGAGAAGGGUCUGCACCUGUUUUGUUUCACCCAUUUGGAAGCUACCUUUUUGUUUCCUCAGAAGGAGCAGUGUGUGUGGAUAGUUCAACUGCUGUUAUAAAGAUGAUGCAUUUGAUGUUUGCAUCAGGUUCUCCAGCUUCUAGUUUUGAGGACCAUCUAAAAUAUGGAGACUAUGUUAAGAAAUUGUCUUUGCAAUUCUUGCACCAGAAAGAUUCCGUGCAGGGGAACAUUCCUGAUUCAAGCUAUGAAGCAGGACUUGAAUUGGCAGUUCAGUCUUCAGGUUUAGCAAACCAGGAAUUGGAUAUUGAACCUGCCAAGGAGUGCCUUAAGAUGACAAGGAGAAUGGGUCCUUCACCAACCAUGAAUGCUGCGAUCUUAGCAAUUACAUUAUCAAAGGUUGUGCCUUAUAGGGCCGAAAUACAAUGCUACAAAGCUUGGUGUGACCAGCAAGUUGAUCAAAUGGGGUACUACGACUUGUUCAAGAGUAGAAGGAGCAUUUCCAAAAUGGCCAUGAAAGUCAACAUGAACCGUCACAAACUUGCCAGGUUCUGGAACAAUGUGAUUGAAAUGUUGGAGAGAAAUGAGCUUCCUCAUGAUGUGGCAGUGAGAGAAAAAUGGGUCAAUGCUUCACAGUUCUACAAACUCCUAGUUGAGCCACUAGACAUUGCAGAAUAUUAUGGUAAGGGCACGCACACAACCAAGGGACAUUACAUAGAGCAUGGCAGAGAGAGGAGAUAUAAGAUUUUUGAUAGGUGGUGGAAGGAUAAAAUGGCAACCAUGGAAGAAAAUAAUGAGAGGAGGAGCACGUUUGCAAGUUUGACUCAAGAUUCAUGCUUUUGGGCAAGGGUGGAGGAAGCAAGAGAGUGGUUGAAUAGUGUUAGAAGUGAGAUUGACACAAGCAAGGUGGCUUUGCUGUGGGAUAACAUUGAGAAAUUUGAGAAGUAUGCUAUGGAACUUAUUGAUAACAAGGAGGUGUCACAAGAUGUUCUUGCUAGGAACUCAAGUUAUAGUACAUGGGUGGAAGACUUGAGAGGACUGAGGGAACUCAAAGCAAAGGUGAAGAGGUUCCCACACGACUUUAACCCAUUUCUGGAUGGGGAAGUAAUUCCUUAGUGAUUUUAGAUGAAAUCAAUAAAUAAGCUUAACUCUGUAAUAUUAUGCCUAUGAACUACUUGUUUGCAAAAUAACUUGUGUGCUUAUGUUUUGGAUGUUGAACCCGGCUAUGCUUCACAGAAUGCUGUGUUUAAAAGGGUUGGAAACUUGAAGAUGAUGUACUGAAGCAUGCUGAUGUAGAACACCAUUAUAAUGUAAUGCAAGGCCCUGAUUUGCUUAAAUAAUGUCUUGAUACUUACGAGUUGAGACAAUUCCUUUAUAA